UUGCUUACAGGUUAUGAACCUGAUUGGUGAUGUUAAAGGAAAAGUUGCAGUCAUGUUGGAUGACAUGAUUGACACAGCAGGGACUAUUGCCAAAGGUGCAGCACUUCUGCACGAUGUGGGAGCAAGGGAAGUUUAUGCAUGUUGUUCACAUGCUGUUUUUAGCCCCCCAGCUCUUGAAAGGUUGUCAAGUGGCCUAUUUCAAGAGGUUAUCACUACAAACACAAUUCCAGUGAUGGAUAAAAACUAUUUCCCACAGCUGACUGUUCUUUCAGUUGCAAACCUUCUUGGUGAAACAAUUUGGCGCGUGCAUGAUGAUUCUUCUGUGAGUAGCAUUUUCCAGUAGGUAGGAGUACAACCCCUCAUUUACGCCUUCUGAUUCACUAACUCGCUUGUUUAGCUUCUUCGUGCAACAUUUUUCUUCAGAAUUUUUCUCCCUUAUUUCACUGGAUCCUCCAAUGGCAUGAAAUUCCUUUUACUUUCUCUACCUUUGGCUUUGUAGCUGCUAGCAGAGUGGACAAUAUCUUCUAUAGUAUUUUCACACUUGUUUU